AUUACAUUGGUCCAUGUCAUCGGUGAUUUAAAAGCGAGGUCCUUUAUCGCAGGUGCAAAGGGUGGUGGUAUUUGCAGGCACCAGCAAAGCAGACCAAACAACAGCAGCAAAGCUCCUUUUCACACAGAACACAGAGUGGCCAGGCUCUUACAAUGACUGACAUGCAGACUGAAGCAGAAGUCCUCCAGGCGUGCGCCCGAGAGACAUGGAAGCUGGAAAACUACAGAACUCGUCGACAGCACUUCCAGGCGGUCCUAGAGGACUUUCAAACCAAGUACGGGGUUCUCCGAGGAUGCCAUCCGCUGAAGCGAAUCAAGCUGCGGACCGCAGUCAGAGACGCCUCCCGCGCUGCAUCUCGAGUACUGCUAGCAGACGACUCAUCGGAAUUCGAUUGGACGGACUGCACAAAUAAUCAGCAGCACUUACUGAAAAUCGAAGAAAUUCAAAGAGAGUUGGCUGGUCGUCAACUGACACAGGAGCAGCUGGCGGAAUAUCUCAAAGUCCAGCAGCAUGAAAGUGAAGAAGAGGACAAAUUGUUGACUGUGAUGAGAAGACUUUUAAGCCGAGUAGAAAGGCUACACUACGAGUACAUCAACAGUGUAGACUCCAGUCCCUACCAGAUGCUGAAACAAGAGGUGAUACGGAUUAUCGCUGAUUACGAAAACGUAUCGGAUCAUAUGUUGGAGAUCCUGCAGGUACAGAAAGGACACUAGGCUGCUGGUGUACAGCAAUGUGGCGCACCCUCAAAAU